AUGGUAGGCCCUUCUGGCGAGGAGAACCCAGCUGCAGCGAGUCAGCUCUCUAAUACACUGGCGUCCUUCACUGGUCUCAGACUGCUGAUGCCAGCAAUCUCCACCCUCUAUGCCCUGAACGAGGUCAUGCUUUUGUCAAUGUCAGUCCACCUCCUCGGCUCUGUCGGUGUUCGAUUUGACAGCAUGGACUUUGACAAGCUUGAUAAGAAGCUCAGUCUCCCACAAGUGCCAGAGACAGCCCCACCAGCCAGGCAGCAUUACACAGUCUCACAGGCGGCUCUUGUUGUGCAGCCGGACGGCCAGGCAAACCAGCUGGCUCUCUGCUAUGCCAGUGAAGCUGCCAAGGCCGUCACUGCAGUGAAUCCUGACAAGGAGCCAUCAAUGGCUGUGACUGUGGCGCUAGUGGGUGCCUGGAUCGUGCUGUCCUGCACCGGCAUCUGGCCCUGGGGAAUUAUGUGCGUGGUGGCUGUGAAGAAGCACUUGCGCCGCCGCCGGAGCAGGAGGCAGCAGGAAGAGGAACGCCGCAGCCAGAACACUGCUGACAUCAGCGAAAGCUGUGCGACAUCACAGAACGAGCGAAGGUCCAUGCAGCCAAAGGCGACAGUUGCUCAGACACAACCCUCAUCCCGGCUGAGCCGGUGGCUCAGAAAGCUGCGCGGCAGCCGCCCGCAGCCACGGCAGAAGCCGGCGGAGCUGCCCACAGAAGCACAGCGGUGGCUGCAGGAGGCGGCACAGCCUUGCGCGCCGCGCAGAGCAUGGCGGGGAGCCGAGGAAAUAUCCAAGGGACGCAGUGAAGCGCAGCGGUGGCUGGACGAGGCGGGGUUCCCUCCCUUGCCGGCAGCCGCAGCGGCCCGGCAGCCGGUGGCGUCAAAAUGCGCGGCCGGGGAAAUUUGCGCGGCAGCGGCACAGCCGCUGUGCUGCGAGGCUGACAGGUGGCUUGGAGAGAUUGGUGAGGGGCUGCUGCCAGAGCAAGGAGUUUAUCCUGUAGCUGUGGUGAAGGAGCUGUGCAGGAAGAGUUUCUGUGGGCAGACCAGCCCAUGCUUAGUGGGUGGCCGGGCCGGCAGCAAGCAGCGCCGUUUCUUCGGCAUGCUCUGGCGCUGA